AUGUUAGUUAUAUUGGAGUUACGAGACUGCCGCAAUUCUGUUGAACUUCCAGCAGUCGGAUGCCUUUCAUCUCUUAAACAUCUACUUUCAGGACUCAAAAAAAUAAGUUGCAUCGGGGCUUCGUUCUAUGGCAUUGAUGACAUAACAGGUGGAUCCGCAAGGUGGCUCUCGGGAACAAAACUGUUUCCAGCCCUUCAAAAUCUUGAGCUUGUUGAGAUGCAAAAAUUAAGUGAUUGGGAGGAAGUAGGUGAUGAUGAAGGAGUAGUGUUUCCCGUGCUUGAAUACUUGAGGAUUGAGAAGUGUCCUCAACUGAUCACCACUCCCACUCACUUCCCAGGUCUUCAAAAUUUUGACUAUCCAUGGCAAUGA